AUGUCGGUAGGAAGUGUUUUAGUCGUCCUCCUACUCAAUCACAGCCUUGAGCUUGCCAAACAAACAAAGUGCAGCCGUCUGUUUGAGCUCAUAUUUUCAACGAAUACAGAACUCGAGCAGAGCUGCGGUAAAGAUGGUCCAACGUCCGAGAACUCCUCCUCCUCGCCUGGACACUGUCUGGAUACUUACAAUAACCAAUCACCCGUUUGA